CCUCAAUCCCACUGACCAUCAUAACGAAAAAGCACUGUUAAUCCAUAGGAGCUGUUCCAAUUCUUAUCAGACGCUGCCACACCGUGCUAUCUGUGUGGUUGUGCAUGGACAUACUGCUGAUAAGAGUUCCACCUCACAGCCUUGUGUGUCAGACCUCUUAGGACCAACAUGGCGGACUUUGUGCAGUUGAUGAUGACCCUUCUGCUAAUGUGUAACGUCAUCGGCGCAACAGAUGAAGAGGACUUGUCUAAACGCCAGAACGUCAUAGACAGACGAUGCUUUGAAUGCCACGAGACAGACGCGCCCUUCAAGUGUCUGACACUGGCCAAAUGUGGCAACGGUGAGAUCUGCUUCACCCGGGAGUUCACGGACCACAACGGGAAACAAGGUUACCAUCUUGGGUGUGAAGAGAAACAGCGGUGCCAGCUGUUCUCUAACGCUGCCACGUUGCUGGGGAGACGCGAGGCUGAGGACGGGGAGGAUGACAGCGACCACUGCUUCCAGUGCUGUGACGCCGACGAUUGCAACGCCCAUCUAUGUCUGGGAUCUCUGGCUCGCAACAACGCCAGUCACCCUGGUGUAGGAUAUACCACGGGCAGGUGUCCCCCGACUUUCGUGGCCGGACCUCGCUCGUGUUUCUACAUGGCCAACUGGACGCUGUCCUGGGACAAUGCCAGACUGGACUGCCAGCGACGUGGGGCUGACCUCGCGUCCGUCGAUGACCAGGCCGAAGACUUCUUCCUUGUGGGGCUCUUCAACUCUGUACUAGCGGCGACUCAUCCGGCUUAUUAUUGGCUGGGGGGAUACUACAUCAUGGCUACCACGGAGUGGGCGUGGCUGGAUAUGGCACGUGUCCAGUACACGAGGUGGGGGCCGAAAGAACCGGUCACAAGCACCUACAACUACCGCAUCGCCAUGGUCAACCCCGCCUCUCACGCCACCUACACCGACUGGAUGUGGUCCUCCAUCACCGCCACCUCCGCUGAAGGCUUCAUCUGCGAGAGGUCUUUCCUGUGACCGAAUGUACCCAUCUUGUGAAGUUAAAUUGCCGGUGUAAGCUUUGAAUUAUUGACCAAUAAACGGUUCCUUUUUUGUCAAUAUAAA